CCCUUUACUUCCACGGCUCGCGAGAGCGUCUUUAUAUCGGCGCUCAUGACUGACACGGUGAUCGGCUCGCUUUGCGAGCGAUUUACAACCCGACUGAAAGAAAAUUCCUCCGUUAACUAUAACCGACAUCGGUUCUUCCGGAAUGGCACCGUGAAGAAGGUCUUUGAAAGCAACCAACAAGACCUGCGAGAACUGCUGCGAUGUCUGUGUCAGGCUAAUGGCACACCCCUUACGCAAGUGCCAGACAUCUUACGAAGGACGUUAACGGACCUUAGCUUGAUUUUUGCCAUACUAUUAUUCGCCCGCGGGCGCCAGGAAAGAGAUGUUCUGCGACAGUUCGUGGACCUCGCACUCGAGACAAGAGCUGACAAUGUCGCCCCACGCCAGUUCACCGAUACAAACCUCCCGAUCCCCCUCGAGACUGCGACCAUGCGAUUUCCCUUGCAGGGAGUCGAAUUUUACCACAAGCAGUUUCGGUUCUGCGCCGUCACACUGAUGAAGCGCGAGGAGGUCGUAUACGAGGAACAUCGGUUCCAGUGCCCACUGCCGUAUCUCCAGGAAACAAAGAUCGGAGAAGGCGCUUUCGGUCAGGUGUGGAAGGUACAGAUUGAAGAACAACAUUUCCAGUCACGAUCCGAUCGUACAACCACUACGGAAGCAUUGGAGCUUGCGCGAAAAGACUUUCAGUUAAAACGAGAGGGUAGAGGGGAGCAACAGAUUCUGAACAAGAUCCUGGACCAACCACGCCGACACAAAAACAUAAUGGUGGCGCUGGCAAGUCUGCAGUACGGACCCACGUAUAGUUUGUUUUUUCCACUCGCGUCCUGCAACUUAUGGGAAUAUUUGAAUGGAGUGUACUCCGAAGACCGUUUCCCUCCGUCUACAUGGGAAGAAAAGAAGGACAUCUACUUGCGUGGAGUGACGCUAGCCGGAGCAUUAGCGUUUCUUCAUCAUGAAUUUCGCGACCAGAAACUGGAGGUAUUUUCAUGCUACCAUCUUGAUCUCAAGCCACACAAUGUACUUGUCUUCGAUGCAUAUACCCCGUCUGAGACUUGGAAAAUCACGGAUUUCGGACUAUCCCGUGUCAAGGGUCGAGGGCUAGAUGGUGAAGCGGAUGUGGAGCUCGUAAUGCCGAUAAUGGGAAGAGGUCAUCGGAGACCGAGGCGUCUCCAGGAGCCGUCGACCUUGAAUCGAAGAGGUGAAGGUACUUACCUUGCUCCGGAAUGUUCAUUACCUAGUGGCCGGGUCAGCUCUGCGAGCGAUGUUUGGUCGUUCGGCUGCAUCAUCAGUCUGGUGAUGUCGUACAUUGACUCGGGAUAUAGCGGCGUCGUGGCAUUCGGGAGGCAACGACGCAGACAGGACCAUGGGGACAAGUUCUACACAAUCCGACAUGGGAAGCCAAAGCUUUCACCGGUAGUGAUUGCUUGGUACGAGAAGCUAAAGCACAGAGCGCGAGCAAGUUCUUUUGCGAUGGAGCACGAGGUCGUAUACCGAACACUCGACUUUUUGCAGAAGUAUGUGCUGCACCCUAUUCGCGAUCAACGCGUUACGUCCAGAGAGGUAGAGGAUACUCUAGCGUCCAUAAGCGGUGUAUUUCAUCGAAGACCAUCGGAAACACGGAGCAAGUGGUGGCUACGACGACCUUCAUUCUCUUCAGCGUAUACUCCUAGCUACGAGAAACUCCAUCUUGAACCAAGCAUGCCCAUUCUUGGAACCGCGUUUGCACCGGGCGGCGAUGUUUUGUUGUUCCAAUCUCAGCAGAAGGUCCAGGUGUUUUUCCUCGACGAAAUCCUGUCCUCUGUAGAGCAGCUCCCGAAACCGCGAGUGAUAAAUAUUCCUAGGGCGUCAUUGGAAUGCGUUGCGAGUAGCUCGGGGUUUCUCUGUGCCUGCCUGGCUACGGCAUGCUUCGAGUGCAUCUUUUACGAAACCGCCACCUCAUCUGAGUCGCAAGGAAAUAGUAUCCUACAAGGUUCAAGAGUCUACUAUCCGCAUAUGGGCUCUAUCAAAAAGGUUGCCAUGUCCGCUGAUGGGCUUCUGACAGCAUUCGUUAUCACCCGAAGUCCUGAAGACUCUGAUUCAGAUGCUCUCUUAUAUUUGUCAACCACACAGAAUCUCCUGAACAAUGCAAGCGACGGAAAUAGCUCAGCUCCAUCAAGUCGAUCAAACUCCACGGCAUCCUAUCAAGAUUCCGAUAGCAUCACUAGUGGCGGAAAUAUUAUCUUGCGGGACUCGAUGGUCGGCCCAGCGACGCAAAUUCGCUCAUUAAGUUUCUCUACCGAUAAUCACUACCUGACCAUGGUUUCCCAGGUAGAUCAUAUACAUCUUUUGGUUCGCGCAUGGGACACAUAUAGCGGUAUCUCCUGCGCAAAUUUGAAAAUAGGGUUUCAGGGGCCAGCUUCUGUGGAUGAACCUCUCUACACUGCAUGUUCUGUCUUCAACCGCGAACCACGGCUAUUUAUACUUUGUCAACGUAAAUAUCUUCUCCACCUGAGCUCCUGGCGUUGGGAUCGCCAAGUUCACACGCUCCCUAACCAGGCGGUCAAUGUAUUCGUCCGUGAUGAUGACGAGGCCUUGAUUAUCCUAGGUGAUAAUGGCAGCGAUCGUCGGCUUCGCACCUAUACCUUGCCAAUCCCCAUUUCGGGCAGGCCCGAGCCAGCGAAAGUAGCGCUCAGUAACCUGAACCAGUACAGGCCGGCUCUAGAUAGCGCUGUACUAACACGCACAACAAGGGGGCAGAUUGUGUUGAUAGUGGCCACCGCAAGGGGGGAAUUCCUGGCCGUGAAGUUUCCAGACGGAACCUGA